CGGAUGGCCCGAGGUGGGACUCUGGGUUCGAGGCCGGCCAUCGCCAACCAGCACUGGGCCUCACUCCGGGCACAGGCGGCCGGGCCUCAGUUUCCCCCCGGCGUGGAUCGCGGGGCCUAGUGUUCUGGAAACCACGUGGUCAAAGGGCUGAGCCGUGUGGCCAGACAAGAGAGGCCCCCACCCCUGCCCAGGGAGCUCUGCGGUUCUCAUGGGAGCCAUGAAGUUGAAUGAGAGGAGUGUGGCCCACUACGCACUGAGCGACUCCCCAGCAGACCACACAGGCUUCCUGCGCACCUGGGGAGGCGCAGGGACGCCACCCACCCCCAGUGGCGCUGGCCGAAGGUGCUGGUUUGUCCUCAAGGGCAACCUGCUGUUCUCCUUUGAGAGUCGAGAGGGCCGGGCGCCUCUGAGCCUUGUGGUGCUGGAGGGCUGCACGGUGGAGCUGGCCGAGGCUCCAGUGCCUGAAGAGUUUGCCUUCGCCAUCCGCUUCGACGCUCCUGGGGUGCGCCCACACUUGCUCGCGGCAGAUGGGCCGGCGGCCCAGGAGGCCUGGGUGAAGGCGCUGUCCCGGGCCAGCUUUGGCUACAUGCGCCUGGUGGUGCGCGAGCUGGAGAGCCAGUUGCGUGAAGCCCGCCACAGCCUGGACCUGCACCGCCGCUCAUCCUGGAAGGCUGUUUCCAGCCGCUGCAAGCCCCAGGCUCCUGACCGCGGGUCUCCUGGCCUGGAGAAUGGCCACUCCCUCUCCAGAGAUUGCAGCCCAAUGGGCUUGGUGGAAGAAGUGGGCAGCCGGCCAGCAGGGCGGGGCUUGGCCGAGUGGGAGCUGCAGGGCCCUGCCAGCCUUCUCCUAGGCAGGGGGCAGAGCCCCGUGUCCCCUGAGACCUCCUGCUUCUCUACCCUGCAUGAGUGGUACGGCCGCGAGAUUAUGGAGCUGAGGCGGGUCUGGCUGCAGAGGGCCCAGGAGAACCAGCCAGAAUGCAAGGACCAGGACAGACCCUGA